GUCCUGUGCGCUUAACGCUCCACCGGAACAGGAGACCUGCCACAUUACGCACGGGGAGUUCACCAAGCACGCCUGUUCCGCGAGGAGACGGGAGGGAAGAGAACUUACAGAACAAAGCUAACGAUUUCAUGUUUUUGUUUACGAAAAGGAAGAGUUUGUUACUCCAUCCCUGUAUACAGAGUGGAGUUUUGGGACAUUUUUGAUAUUUUUCUCUGUAGCCUAUGGUUAUUUUAAGAUUAUUUUAAAAGACUGUGUUUGAGGAGAUUAAAAGAUUAUUCAGAGUGAGAGCUGACUCGUUCCCGGACUUUAUCUCCAAGGACUGCUCGGAGACCACUGACCCCUCAUGAGAUACCCACAAGUCACCUGGCAUUUGACCCGAUAACCAUGGACGUCCGAGUGCAGGCCAAUCCUAACCUCCAUUUCGGGGUCAACGGGGGUCAUGAUGGCGCUAAUAGAAACUCCCGCAGUAGACCAUUUGAGGAUAACGCGCUUCAGUUCUUAAGCCAGGAGGAGCAGGAUUGUAUCCUGUUCUUUGAGGAGACCAUUGACUCCCUUCUGACUGCCCCAGUAGUAGAUGAGCUUGAUGGACCAGGACCCCCCAUCCUGGCAUCUGCCCCCAGCACCGUACCACCCCGCUCAGCCUUGGACAGACCCACCAGCACCAAGGACCAGGACAUCAUAGACCUGGUUCGCCCAGCACAGUCUGAUCUAGUCCACCCCAUACAGGCACCGUUCAAGUCCUCCAUGCCAGAUUUCACCCAGAAUAUGGUGAUGAACAACCCUGAGAGGCAUUUUGAUAACAAACCGAGGCGCGAGGUGAUGGAAAACUUCCCUACAGAGUGCAACCUGACCCUUCCUGGAAAAGACAAUGCCCCCUAUGGCCACGCCCUGUACCAGCCUGUAGGCUCCGUUCCCACCCCCGUCGUCAUCGCCCAGAAGAUCGCCGAGAACCAGGGGAGCGGGGGGAACACCAACAUCCUCUCCUCCUCCCUCCUGUCCAACCACCGUAGGAACCUUGAUUUGGAGAACAUAGAGAGACCACCCACCUCCCCAGAUUAUCCAAUCAAACAGGGUCCGAACACCUCAGCCAAGCCCAACCAUUACCCCGUCAACAUCAGCAUGAUAAUGGGCAGCAAUCAGCACCACAGUGAUUCGCUGGCCAGUGUGAACCUCCAGGACAGGAAGUCUCAGAUGCUGGCUAACCUAUCAGGGACGUCCCACCCUUUGGAGGCAGAGAAACUCCAUGGGCUGCAGAAGGUCCAGGUAAAACUUCCCACCCGCAGUGUGUCUUUCAGGGAUCCCACUCCAAAUAAGUCCCGGAUGGAGGCACUGUCCAAACUGGGCUUGAGCCGAAACCGCUCCCCGUCAGGGGAUUUCUCUCUUAUAAUCACCCCCAAGAGCAGCACAAACGCCAAACCCGCUGCUGCCCCGAUUCCGGUUGCCACCCCUACACCCGUUCCUACACCUACACUGACACCCAUGAGUAAACCAGGCGUGGCCAGACAGGCAAGCCCCUUGCCACCAGUAACAGUCAACACCAACAGCUCUCACGCCAGUAUCCAUGACAACAUGCCUGCUUCUCCCCCGCCCGAAGUCUCGUCCAAGGACUUUAACAGCUACGGCGGGAAGACCAUCGUGGUGAACCCCUCUAAGGCUGCUGCUGCUGCUCCCUCCAUCAGCAGCCAUGGCAGUAAGGCCCACCCAGUGACCUCUCACAGUGACUUCAACCCUUACGGGGGUAAGACUAAGGUAAUGAAACCUGCUCCUGUUACCACAACCAGGCCUGAUCUACCACAACCAGACAUCCAGAGCAGGGCCAUAUCUCCCCCAGCAUCCACCUCCGCCAGAGUGAUACCUACCCCAGCCUCCAACUUCACCCCAGCCAAAGUGAUGCCUCCCCCUGUCUCCACCCCCACCCCAGCCAGAGUGAUGCCUCACCCAGCUUUCAACUCCACCCCAGCCAAAAGGAUGCCUCCACCAACCUCCAUCCCAACCAAAGUAGAAACCAUGCCCUACGAGGUCAAUAGCUACGGGGGGAAGACCAGAAUGGUCACCCCAUCCCACACCACCCCCUCCCCCAUUACCACCCCUGACAUCCUCGCACACACUCUAGUGAGGUCCCCCAGCAAAGCUUCAUCCCCAGUGCCUUCUCAAGCCCCCAGACCUUUCUGCUACAGCACUCCCCCUAGCUCCAACAGGGUGGUGGCGUCUCCCCCGGAGCCCCGGCCGAAGUCCGCCGUCUCCAAGCCGUCCUUCCGCUCCCAAGGGAUCACUGUGCAGUUCUCCGGACGGGGAGUGUCGGAUGAGUCGCGCAGGGAUGCGCUGCGGAAACUGGGACUGCUGAAAGACACUUUCUAACUCUGUCUUCCUUCUUUCAUUGUCUCCUCUGCAUAACCUCCACUCAGAUUCCAGAUGGGACAGGCGCAACUAAUGUCUCCGAGGUGUGGCAGGAGAGGAUACCUACAUUACUGUGGAAUGAAACAGGUUCCUGGUUGAAACCCGGCACACCAGGUUCUGAGCCAAUGAAUGCUGACAAACGAGUCCGACGCGUCACAUGGCCUAGUUGACAAAUGAGCACGCGUACGUUUUUCUUUUCUUCAAAUACACACACGCGCACGUCAAACACAUACGUGCACAUGCACUCAUAACCCACAAAUACAUUCACCCAGCAACUCCCACACUCCCACGGAGCUGUUGUAUGCAUCAAAGCUCCGUCUCUUUAUUGUGCUCUAUUUAACUGUAAUCCUACUCAGUGUUUUACAUUGCCUCUGAACCAAGACGUGGUUUUUCCGCUACAUCGCAGUCGACAUGUACCUCCUAUUGUAUUCUCUGGGCCAAAACAGACAAAAAACAGACCUGUGCAAAAGGGGAACGCAGACAGCUGAAUGUCUUUGGCAUUGGCACAUUUGGCAGAGACAGACGUUUUACUCCCUUCACCUCCUUCUGAUGUCACAUACUCAGCUACCAGUGAGAAUCCUUUCAUACUCUCACUCUCCAAAGAUGGAUUUAUAUACCCCCCCCCCCAAAAAAAACAAACAUUUACUUUGUAUGACACUAUAUUGAUUACUGAUCGGUUUGAGGCUGGUACUGCUGGUACUGAUAAAGUGAACUUGAAUCAUUAUAAACUGACAUUGAAGUCACCUGAGAACUGAAGAGCCUCACAGCAUGUUAUUUUGUUAACCGAUAUGAGCAUUGUUGUAUCUCACCAUACAGUUCUUAUGAGCAUGAACAAGGACGUGGCUUAUUUCCUGGUAGAAUGAGGUUGAAUUAGAAUGUACCUAUAUUCCCUGUGAGGACGGUAACCAUCCUACUCACGCAUAUUGAUUAUAUUUUACUAUAUAGGUAUUUAUGCACCCAAUGAUUCCCACUGCUGCCUUAUGGUAUGUUGAAGACAGGUCACUCGGAAGGGGCUACAUUCCUUCAGGUAAGAGCAAAGCUUAUAAACGUAACGAUUGAUUGACAUAGCAAGCAAACUAAGCAGCAAUUAAAAUAGUUUACAUUCAUUUACCUCAUAUGCUCAGCUCUAAGGAUAUCACAUUAUUGGAAGUUCUGAAGUGACCCCAUGUGUUUAUCUCCUCAUAUGACAUUUGUGUGACUGUAAGUCACAGAAAAGAACCCAGGCUUGAGUUUUUAGGAAAGGAGUGAUAUGUCACUACACCGCUGGCUAAAGGGUAUUUUUUACUCCAUGGACGUGCCUCCCACACAAAACCACUGAAUGUGGUUUGAAAAGUAGACUUUUACUACUUUGAGGGUGGAGAAAUGUACUUAGUGAGGACUGGCAAGGGCUUGUAAUGCCCAAAACACAAACACCGAAGCCACAGAAUCCAGAAAUACUCACAAGGACCAUUUCCUUUUGUUCAUGUAUGCUGCAUUUGCAAUAUGUAAUUGAACUGUCAUCAUAACUGAUGCCUCUUGUUUCUCUCUGGACUGCAGCUAUAUUGGUACAUAACCCUGUGUGUGUGUGUGUGUGUGUGUGUGUGUGUGUGUGUGUGUGUGUGUGUGUGUGUGUGUGUGUGUGUGUGUGUGUGUGUGUGUGUGUGUGUGUGUGUGUGUGUGUGUGUGUGUGUGUGUGUGUGUGUGUGUGUGUGUGUGUGUGUGUGUGUGUGUGCGUGCUCGGGUGUGUCUGUGUGAAACAUGUUUGUCCAUUUUAGAGUUUUAUUUGAUGAAAAAAGUCAGACUCCGGUUUUGUAGUUCAUCUACAAUAACUCAUGAAGGAUCCUGUGUUACACCAUGCACACAUUAUUGUGGUUGUGUGAGUGAAACAUAUUUAACUAUUAAUAUCUUGACUCCGGUUUUGUAGUAUAUCUACAGUAACUCUUGAAGUAUCUAAUACACACAAACACACACUGGGGGAAAUAUACCUGUAGUUUGCAGACCCAGAGCGAGAAACAAAAAAGCCUCACGGACAACAUCUUUAUUUGACAUUCAAUUAACAUUUACAAAUUGUCAACUUAAGUUGCUGGUAUGGUACAACAGCGCCUUCAUAUGUUUUGCUCAUUGUCAUAUUGUACACAACGUCUAAUGUACAUCUGUGUCACUUAAUAAAGAGAGUAAUAUACAUGA